GAGCAGCACAAACAACAACAGCAGCAGCAGCGUCCUUCGCUGACCCCGCGCGUGCAAAGGCUCCCCGGAGAGGCUGUGGAGUAUCAUGGAUGCAGUUGUUCCUUACAAAGAAAUCCUUCUGCAGUAUUUAAACGAAACAAGAAAUGCCGUGAAUGCAAAGUGUGCUGGGGUUGAGCCCUGGCAACUGGUAACAUCCACAAUUGGUGCUACCCUCCUGGUUGUUUGGCUACACAUGUUCCUCUUCCAACGAGAAAGUUUAACAUCACGAUCUAAAAAGUGCUUCUUCAGAGUUAUACGCAAAUUGCCCUUUAUUGGUACUAUGAUAAAGAAACAGAUGAAUAAGACGAUGGAAGAUAUGGCCAGCACCUUAAGUUUCUUGCAAGAUAAAACGAGUUACGUCAAAAUCCUGCCAACGAAAGGCUUGAGCCAACCAGAUGUGCUGAAGAAGAUGAAAGAAUACAGCUCUAUGGGUGAAGUAAACUGGGAAGAAGGGAAAGUGUCUGGGACAGUGUACAACGGGGAUCAGAAACUCACGGAUCUGCUUGUGAAGGUUUAUGAGGAAUUUGCAUGGAGUAACCCGCUUCAUCCAGAUAUAUUCCCAGGCGUGAGGAAGAUGGAAGCAGAAGUUGUGAGAAUGGCUUGCACGCUUUUCCACGGGGGCCCCAAAUCUUGUGGAACAAUGACCUCUGGUGGGACAGAGAGUAUCCUGAUGGUCUGUAAAGCUUACAGGAAUUUGGCUUACGAAAGAGGAAUCAAGCAUCCAGAAAUGCUGGUUCCACAGAGCGUUCAUGCGGCAUUUGAUAAAGCAGCUCAUUAUUUUGGGAUGAAGAUUGUGCACGUUCCAUUGACCAAGACGAUGCAAGUGGAUGUUAAGGCAAUGAAGAGAGCCAUUUCCAAGAAUACAGCCAUGCUGGUCUGCUCAGCACCGCAGUUUCCUCAUGGAGUCAUGGACCCAAUUGAGGACGUCGCAGAGCUUGCAUUGAAAUACAAUAUUCCCUUCCACGUGGACGCUUGCCUGGGAGGCUUUCUCAUUGUCUUCAUGGAGAAGGCAGGGUACCCUCUGAAGCAGGGUUUUGAUUUCCGAGUGAAAGGUGUCACCAGCAUUUCUGCAGAUACCCACAAGUACGGCUAUGCGCCAAAGGGCUCCUCCGUGAUCCUGUACAGCAGUGAGAGAUAUCGGCAGUAUCAGUUCUUCAUUGCCCCUGACUGGCCAGGAGGUAUCUACGCCUCCCCUACCAUGUCUGGUUCCAGGCCAGGUGGCCUCAUCGCAGCUUGCUGGGCGACGAUGAUGCACAUAGGAGAAGACGGAUACGUGGAAUACACCAGGAAGAUAAUUGCAGCUGCGCGCUUCCUCGAAGCAGAGCUGCGGAAAAUUGACAAACUCUUCAUCUUUGGAAAUCCCGAGGUGUCUGCACUUGCUUUGGGGUCAGACAAAUUUGACAUAUAUCGGUUGGCAAACAUGUUAAUAACGAGAGGAUGGAAUCUGAACAUUCUGCAGUUUCCUCCAAGUAUUCAUUUUUGCUUAACCCAAGUGCACACAAAGCCUGGGGUGGUUGAACUGCUGCUGAACGACAUCAAAGAAUGUGUCCACGAGAUCAUGAAGUUCCCCGAGGGCAAGACCACUGGCCUGGGUGCCAUCUAUGGCAUGGCCCAAGCCAUCCCCGACAGGAAUAUGAUUUCAGAGAUUGCUGGUGCUUACUUGGACUGCCUGUAUAGCACGGAAGUGUCUCCUUCGUCUGAAGCACAUGUGAAUGGGUCUCCAGGCCUCCACUGAUUCUGUGUGUCUAGUCCACUGAUGGAUGGUAUUCUAAAGAAUUCCAGGGGAAAGGAAUGUUGGUCCUCCUGCGGAUCAUAUGGCAGCUUGAUCUCUGUUCUUGUCACAUCUCUCUUUCUGAAAAGCAUCGGCUCUGUUCACCAUUUUGUUUGAGUUUUCAGAGUUAAGUGCUUUCCUUCCCCCCUUUCUUUCUAAUACUAACUCCUUGUGUUUCUUCACACUUGCUCACUGCUGCUCCUCCUAGUCCUCGACAGAACAGCUAUAUUUAUGUCCACUGCAACUCCAUUCUACCCCUCCUCAUUCUCAGGUGUUCAAAAUCUAUACAUUCCUUUCCUUCCUCCU